ACUAACAGUCAGCUGAUACAUUUUGACAGACCUGCGCUAGAAUCGCAGCUGGUUUCAUUAUAUGUUUUUUAUCCAUAUUUGAUUGGGUGUUCGCACUCGAUUUGCCAUGGAGUGCGCUGUGUCGGAAUAGUUGGGUGGGCGGUUAGAAUCUGCUUCCAUGGAACCAAACGGCCAUCAGAAAAUGGAGGGCAUCAAUAAGUCAGAUACCAUAUCAUCAAUGAACAGGAGUGAUACACUGAACUCAAAAAUAUCAUACCAGCCCUACAGUUCUUUGGAGGUGCUGAUCCAGGACCAGUGGUAUGGCGCCAACGCCUGUCUGGAGGGCGACUACCUGAGCCUCACGCUGGACGACGUGCACGACAACUCGGUGAACAACAACGACAGCUCGCCCACCGACGACGUGCCCGACGCCGUGGCCAACCACAAGCGCACGGUCGUCGUCAAUAAGCAGGAGAACAGCGGACUGGGCAUCUCCAUCAAGGGCGGCAAGGAGAACAAGAUGCCCAUACUCAUCUCCAAAAUAUUCAAGGGCAUGGCGGCCGACCAGACGGAGCAGCUGUACGUGGGCGACGCCAUCCUGUUCGUGAACGGCGAGGACCUGCGCGAGGCGACGCACGACGCCGCCGUUCAGACCCUCAAGCGCUCGGGCAAGCGGGUGGUGCUGGAAGUCGUCCCGUCGUUCUACGUUUCAGUCAAGUACCUGCGCGAGGUGAAGCGCUACUUCCGCAAGGCGACGCUGACCGGGCAGCUGGGCUGGGACGUGGAGCGCGAGUACCUGGCCGAGGGCGCUGGCUCGCCGGCUGAGCGACCAGCCGAGCGCAGCCCGGACACCAAGCUGGUGCGGCUCCAGCUGUGCCAGCUGGGCCGCAACAUCCGCUGUCAGGAGCCGAACAGUUUCGAGAUUCACUCGCAGGACCUGCUGCACUCGUGCAUCCUGCGCUUCCAGGACGCCGGCCAGGCCACCUGCUGGUUCAACACGCUCCACUCGUCGCUCAGCGCCCUCGCGCGGCAGGCGAUGGAGACGACCAACGAGCGCGUGCGUGACAUCCUGGACGGCAGCGGCGUGCUGCACAUGGGCUGGGUCUGCGUCCGCUUCACCGAGCAGGACCAGUCGCUCGACAAUCGGCCGUGGGAGCAGCGGUUCGCCGCCGUCACCGAGCGAGAGGUGCUCAUGUUCGCCAAGGUGCCGUGGACGCUGGAGGCGUGGGCGGCGCCGCAGGCCGCCUACCCGCUCAUCAUGACCCGGUUCGUGCGCUACCGGCUGACGCCGGGCGACGCGCCGCCCUCGCCAGCCGAGCCCAUCACGUUCACGACGCGCACCGGCACGCGCCACGGCGUGACCAGCGUGCAGUGGCGCGUGGAGACGCCGCGCGAUCUGGCCAGCUGGAGCCGCACCGUCGUGCAGGCCACGCACGCGGCCGUCGCCGACCUGCAGCAGAUCCAGUUCGACUGUCGGUGGAAGGGCCAAGACGCACGCCUCACGAUGCAGUUCGAGGACGGGCUGACGCUGCGGCCAGCGGCCGACCCGGCCGGCGCUGCCGCCGCCCUCUGGCACUACAGCUUCGACAAGCUGGUCGACUCUAGCGACGACAACCGCUCCACCGUCCUGCUCAAUUUCGGCAAGAAUGAGGUCAUGGAGGUGGAGUUCGGCUCGUCGCCGAAGCCGUUCGUGUUCGCGCUGCACACCUGCCUGUCGGCCAAGGUGGAGCGACUGGGGCUCACGUGAGCGACCGCUCCCG